CAUUUUAAUUAUUAAAGUUCAUGUAACCACAACUGACACGUAAAAGACAUUUACUGCUCUCAGUAUCAGUUGGUACCGCUUCAGAGAUGGCUAAAUGCCAAACCUCAUGUUUCAGAGUAAUGUUUUUCUCACCCCCUCUAAACUGCCUUUUUGUUCUGUAUGUUAAGUCAUUUUGUACUGGAGCCAAGACGGAUGUUUGAGGUGUCACACAGUUUGACCCUCUUAUCAACCAAUCAAAUGUAACCUACAUUUUAAGCUGGUGUCUGCUCUUUCACUCAAAACAUUCCAUUCUUGAGAGCUCUGAGACGAUGCACCUGUAUCUGAUCCUCUGUGGACUCAUUCACCUGCCGGCAGCGAUCCAGUUGCCAGCUGUCAAACAGGACACUGGAGUUAUAUCUGCCAGUGUCGGGGACAAUGUGACUCUACAUUGUGUCUACGACAGCCAAGUGGCGAUGCACUUCUCCUGGUACCGACAAACCUUUGGAUCUGGACCUGAGCUCCUGUCUGCUGUUUACAAGUACGAUACACCAUCCAAAGUGUUCCACUGGAUGGAGGAGAACCCUCGUUUCUCUGUGCAGAGGGAGGAAGGCAUGAACCAUUUACGCAUCUCUGACGUCCACCUCUCAGAUUCAGCUACAUACUUCUGUGGAAGCUCACACUCCAACAUAGUAGAGUUUGGAGCGGGAAUCUUCCUAAGUGUCAGAGGACCCAGACUCAAGGAGGUGGUCCAGGGUCCAGUAUCUGAGACCAUCCAGCCAGGAGGCUCUGUGACUCUGAAGUGCACCGUUCACACUGGGACCUGUGAUGGAGAACACAGUGUUUACUGGUUCCAACAUGGACUUCAACAAGGACUCCUUCACACAAACGGGGGCCGGUGUAAGCGGGCCUCAGCACCGGGGUCUCCUUCACAGAGCUGCGUGUACCAUCUGCAGAAGACCAACCUGAGCUCCUCUGAUGCUGGAACCUACUUCUGUGCCGUGGCCUCCUGUGGGGAGGUGCUGUUCGGUAAUGGAAGCAAGCUGCUCCUCCAAGGUGACGUUGAAGUCCACAUGGCUCAGAUGAGAAUCUUAGCGUGGCUCUCCAUCAUUAGAACUACGGUUCUCUUGUUCUUUUCAACUAUUUGUGCCCUGCUGUACAUCAGAAAGAGCAGGUGA